AUUACAUUCCCUCAACCAUACAAUACAGAGCUUCAUUAUAAAGAGAGAUAGCUAAGCUAAGCUCCAAGUCACUGGUUGAAAGAAGACACACCUACAAAGAGAACUCGGAGAUUAUUAAUAUAACAAGUUUUUGGCCAUGGCGGAGGAGUUUCAGGCCGGGAUUUGUGGCGAAAACUGGUGGAUGAAUUCGUCGAAAAGCGUGUUCAUGGGCGGCUUGUCACCAUGUUCUACGGUGAGCAUCGCUAGCGAUCAUAUGGAAACUUAUGGAUCAUGGACCACGGCUGAUAUGGUAGACUUGAAGGCAAGGUCAAUAUCAUGCAAGGAGUCUAAUCAUAUUACUACCUCAGUGUCCGAUACCUCUAUACCUUUCCUAAAUUCUCAGAAACCUCAACAGGCUGAUUCAGAUAGUGGUGGUAGCAGUAUUUUGAUUGACUCCACCUUGCAAAUGAUGGGGUAUGGCCUUUCGUCGUCAUCUUCGUCAUCAUCGGAUUGGAACCCAGCUUUUCUUCCUGGGAAUGGAAGAACUGAGAGUUACAAUUCCAUGAUGCAAGAAGAGAUGAAUUCAGCAGGACUAAACUCUUCUCAAAUCCAAAAAGAUUGGAGCCCAAAGAGCUAUACAAGCACUGCUGAAGAUUUUUCCUUGGAUCAACGAAGGCUAAAUCCGGUUAACAGUUCCGGCAAUUCGCCACCAACGUGCCAGGGAUUUUCUACGGGCUUUUCAAUGGAGCCAUCAGCAUCUUAUGGCUACCCUUCAACAUUGAUACAAAGUUUAUUUGAACCUGAGCAUCCUCAACCACAACAAGCACAGUCUCUUUUCAACAACAGGUUUAUGAAUUACUUGUCGCCAACAGCUCCAAAUUAUGGGACCAACAUGACUGAAUUAUCAUCUCCUUCUUGGCCUAAAGUAUCUCCGUUAAUAAAAUCUUCUUUGCCAAAGCAACAGCCUAGCACUUUGCACUUUACUAACAACACACCCUAUUGGAAUGCCUCGCCAACUAGAAUAAACGAUAUUAGAGCAAACCUUUUACCCCCAUCACAGUCCCAAUUUCUUGUGCCAGCUUUUGAAGAGAAAUCCAAUUGCUCCAACCUCACUACAAAGCCUAGCAAAGAAGUUCGAGACUCGGUUUCGGUAGUUAAGAAAGGAAGCGAACCAGCUUUCAAAAGGCCUCGAAUUGAAACACCAUCUCCAUUACCAACCUUCAAGGUCCGGAAAGAGAAGCUAGGAGACCGAAUAACUGCCCUCCAGCAAUUGGUUUCACCUUUCGGAAAGACUGAUACUGCAUCGGUUCUCCAUGAAGCUAUCGAGUACAUCAAGUUCCUUCAUGAUCAAGUCAGUGUGUUAAGUACUCCAUAUAUGAAAAAUGGCAACCCCAUUCACCAUCAGCAGGCUCCAGCUGACAAACUGAAUGACCUAGAAGGGCCAAAACAAGAUCUAAGAAGCAGAGGACUAUGUCUUGUGCCUGUCCCUAGCACAUUUCCUGUUGCUAAUGAGACCACAGCUGAUUUCUGGACACCAACAUUUGGUGGUACUUUCAGUGUUGUAUCAAUCCAACCAAGAUGGAAGGAAAUGAUCAUAACUUCAAUAUAGGAAUUGAGAAGAUUAUAUUAGGAGCUGAGCUACUGCAUUGCUGUGCUAGCUAGUUGUAUCAGUCAUGAACGAAAAGCUAAAGAAAACAAAUGAAAAAAGAGAAAAGGGAACUCAAGCUUCAUAGAUGGACAGACAAUGCUGGGCCAGCUGCAAGAAGAAUUAAUGAUGUUAGGCUAGCAAAUGAUCAUUAGGAGCCUCUGGAGAUCAAGAAUAUUAUAAAUAUCUAUAAGGAUUAUUAAUUAAUCCAAGGUGUAGUGCUGGUUAAUUAACUAGUAGUUUGAAGGUGGGAUUAGGCACAGGAACAACUGCUAAAUUCAGCUAAAUUUAACAAUAUUUGUGAAAUUAGAGAUUAAUUAUAUGUUGUUGAUUGUUAUAUAUGAGUGGGGUGAAGUUAGCAGAUUGGGAUAGUAGGCCUUUUGUUCCUGUUGCUCUAAGAUUGUUAUGGAUGGCACCACCAAUCCACCUUUUUUUCAAUAUAUUGGCAUUGUUAUUAUU